AUGGUCAAAGCACUCACAUGGCCCUGGCAUCCACCGGCUAUUUCGGGUGCCGGAUGUCACAGAAAUGACGCCAAGAACCCACUAGAAAUAGAAGCACUGCACCAAAUUAUACAGAAGAAGCCAGAAAGCCAGAAAGCCAGAAAUGCAGAAAUGCAGAAGUUCAAAAGUAUCCAAUUGCUCAUUGAUUAUUAUGGCCACCAAAUACACACAAUUAGAGAUCAUUCACCAUCUCAAUGCAAGCCAUUUUUGGCACCCAGUGGGCCACAAAAAGAGGGCGCCAAAAGUGGCCUCUUCCAUCAAGAGCCACGAAAAGAGGGUGCUAGAAGUGGUCUCUCCUAUGGCUUAAAUUCAGGCUCCUGCUUCAUUCUGUGUUCCAAUUCAAAUCUCUAUUGCCUCAGAAUAUUACCCCAGGAUGCAAUUGCCCAAGAUUUCCAGAGUUACAAAACCACAUCAGUCCAACAAGCAGUCAAGCUUGCAACAAAGUCAACACCGCUUAAAGAAGACCCUAGUCAAAAAGCUAUGGGAAUAUAA